AUGGGGGACUCAAAGCUCUGCCUUUUGCUGCUCCUCAGUACAUCUGCCUUGACUUUGGCUCAAAGGUACAAGAGCCUACACAAGUAUGAAUACCAAUAUGAAGCUGAAUCUCUGAAUGCUAUCAACGGAGCCUCACAUCUCAAGAAUGGACACAAGGCUUCCUGCAAGGUUGAAAUUGAAGUGCCUCAGACUUGUAGUUUCAUUGUGCGCACUACUGGCUGCAGGCUGAGUGAAGUUGUUGACACGGACACACAGGGUAACCCUGUGUUUGCCAACAGCCCCAGCUCUGAUGCCUUUGCUGCUGAAAUGGAAAAGUAUCCCCUGAGGGUCGUGAUUGAGGGUUUGUAUGAUGUGAAACUGUACCCCGAGGACGGUGAAACAACAACUGUCCUGAACUUUAAGAGGGGUAUCAUCUCUGCACUGGCUGUUCCUGUGCUGGAAGAAGACAAGAACAAGAAUAUGCCUACAAUUCACGGCAACUGCAAGACCCACUACACAGUCAAUGCUAGAGAAGACAUUGCAACUGAUGUCAGCCUAAACAGGGAUCUGUCCAGAUGUGACAAAUUUGUCCCAAUGAGAGAUCACACCAGCCCCUUGGCUCUUAUCACCGGCAUGCACUACCCUCUUGCUCAGCUGAUCAGAAGCUCCCAAACCUGCAAUUACAGGUUUGACAAUGAGAAAAAACACAUGACCUUUGGGUCCUGCACCGAGAACCACAUCCUCAUUCCCUUCUCAUAUAAGAGAGAAUAUGGAGUUGCCAAUGUCGGAAAGCAAGAGCUCACCGUGGUUAAAGUUUCUCCUCACAAUGACAGAAUCUUUGCUCACGGUGUCAUUGUCAAGGAUCUCCACAUGGAGGCUGUUGAGGACAAGAGUUUUGUACAGGAUAAAGAUGCAGUUCUGAAUCUCCUGAGAGAACUGGACACUCUGUCUGAGAACGAGGGUGAGAAGAGGGCUCCCCUGUUCCACAAGCUUGUCUCAACGGUCCGUGGAAUGAAAACAGAAACCUUGAGCGCGGCACUCCCUGAGGCUCUUGCGGUAUCCCGAGUCCUCACCUACCAGGUACUGGCUCAAUGUGGAACGCCUGAAUGCAGCAGUGCCAUCAUGAAGAUCCUAAGGACCUUUGACACCAACGCUCUUGAGGUUGAUGCGACUGUCUUUGCUUUGGGACUCGUGUCCAAUCCUUCUGCACUCUUGAUCCACGAUAUGCUCGAGAUGGCCAAAUACAAACCCAGCAAGCCUGUCAUGUAUGCUCUGAGCAAUGUUGUAAAGAGGUUUUACAAGUCUGAAGGAAGGCAAAUUCCUGAGAUUCACUCUGUUGCGGAGUUCAUGGCUUCCCAGUUGGGUGAUUGCUCUGGAGACAAAGACAAAACUUUUAUGACACUCAGGGUUAUUGGAAACAUGGCUCCAGCUGUGGUACCUGCUAGUCCAGCACUCAGGACUGCUGUGAUCAACUGUGUGAACAAACCUACAGCUUCUCUGGCCGUGCAACAAGCUGCAAUUCAAGUGUACAGGCUGACCCCUCUCCCUGAGGAGGGCAGAGAGGAGUUUAUGCAGGUUCUUCUGGACAGCACUAGUCCCAUGCAAAAACGUAUUGCUGCAUAUCUGGUACUUAUGAAAAAUCCUCAGCUAAGUGAACUUGCCCGGGUGGUGAAUGCCUUGCCCAAUAUACAGGACCAACAAGUCAAGAGCUUUGUCAUCUCCCACAUUACCAACAUUUUGUCCUCAUCUGGGUCAGAGACUCAAGCGCUGAGACAUAAGCUUCAGGAUGCCAUUCAGGGUAAUGAGAUUGGGCCCAUUAUGGACCCCACAAAGUUCUCUCGCAACUAUAAGUUUGGAUCUUUGGAGGGCAAUAUGAUCUUUGAGGGUACAAGCUACCUGCCUAAGGAGGUCAUGCUUGAAAUGACUCUCAAGGCAUUUGGCUAUGACAUUGACAUGGUGGAGAUCGGUAUGGAGGGGACAGGAUUUGAGCCAACUGUUGAAGCUUUGUUUGGAGAAAAUGGAUUCUUCCCUGACACUGCCAUGCAGACUAUGUAUUUUGUGUCUGACAACAUGCCACAAAGGAUCCGCGAGGUCAUGCAGAACGUGAUCCCUGCUUUCAAGGCAGACCGGAUAAAUAGACAGAACCUGAUGAAGGAGAUCGGACAAAAUCUCAACAAACUGGUGAGAGAGCUGAAGACCAUGCAGUCUCCAGAGGCAAUGGUUUAUCUGAGACUUUUGGGAAAUGAGCUGGGAUAUCUGAAGACCAAUGAAAUGGAGGAGAUAGCCUACUCUGCUGCUACGAUGAUCAACAACAUGUUAAAGAUGUUCCCAACUGAUUUAAUUAGAGCACUAAUGGUGAACUCUGACAACACAAUCUUUGCCCACUACAUCUUCAUGGACAAUGAGUUCUUCCUGCCUACUGUCACCGGUGUGCCUCUGAGGAUUGCACUCUCUGGUACUUUUACACCCGGUAUCAAGGGUGGACUGAGGAUUGCUCGUGACAUGAGUGAAGUGACCUUCAUGCCCUCUGCUGGUAUUGAGUUUGCAACUCAGAUUGGCUCUCACAUCCCUGAAUAUGUCAACUCUGGAUUAGAAAUGCACACCAACAUUUUCCAUGAGAGUGGCCUGAAUGCCAAGAUCACCUUUGGUCGUGAUAAUAUUAAGCUGACCAUCCCUGCUCCAACAAGUCCAACAAAGCUCAUCAAAAUUACAAACAACCUUGUGGCUGUGACGGGAUCAGAGGUGAAGACCAUCCCUCCUAUGGUGAGGGACAAGGUUGAUGUUAGUGAGUGUAGUCCUGCCUUUGUGGGAAUGAAAUACUGCACUGCUCUGCAAUACAUUGACGCUUCCUCUCAGGAGACAGUGCCCUACUUCCCCCUCACUGGAGACAGCAAAUAUGUUGUGGAGCUGCACCCAACUGGUGAAGUUUCCGAGUACACAGCCACUAUUGCCUAUGAACUCCUCAGCGAGGGAGACAAUGGCCGGCAGAAAGUUGAUUCCUUGAAGUUUAUUCUAAAAGCUGACGGUAAUCCUACAGAAGCCACAGCAGUCAUGAAAUAUAACAGAAGGAGGCAUGUCAUCAGUGCCGACAUCCAGAUCCCUGACUACGAUGUGGAGGCUGGAGUUAGGCUGGGUGUUGUGGAUGGAAACACAAAGGGCAGAGGAACUCACGCCAUCUUUCUCAAUUUUUUAAACAAAAAUGUUCUUCAGCUCUCCCUGGUUGGUCGUGCCAAUCUGAAGGCUAUGAAGGAAGGUAUGCUCCAAGUCCAACUUGUGGUCCCAUCAAUCAGUGCUGAUGCUACUGUCACAGCUACAAUGAAACGUGAUGAAGAAGUGGAACUGGAGCUUGAGAGUGAAAUCAAGGUCAUGGAUGCCAACUCUCAACAGAAAAUCAAUAUCAAAUAUGAUGCCACAAAAAUUGAGGUUGAGGUCAAGUCGGAUGUGAACGCCAAGACCACCAUGUUGCCUAAGGGCGACUUGAUUAAAAAUUAUGGCAAUGAUCUUCUUGACAUGCAAGUGGCACAAACUGACAUGAAAGUUCGUCAUAUCUUCAAGAAGUUUGUGGAGGCAGCAAACAAUUACAUGGAAAAGUAUGGUGCUGAUUUCCCUUACAUUCAGAACUUCAGAUUGCCUGAAAUGCCAGAGAUUUCCCUACCAGAGACACUAUUCCUGAAUACUGAGGCAACGGCCAUCUAUUACCUAAACAAUAAUCGCUUCACAAUUGCUAUCCCUGUGCCACUUGGAGGAAAGUCAACAGAAGAGCUUAACUUCCCACCAGCUUUGACCACACCAGGCCUGUCUCUACAGCAGUAUGGACUGGAAAUCCCCUCUAUGGAGAUUUCCAUCCCAGAGUUUGUUGUUCCUGAGAGCAUCACGCUAUCUAUUCCCUUGUUUGGUAGAGCUGAGGUUUCAACAGUGAUGAAAAGCAACUUAUAUGACACAGAGGCCUCUGUGGCUUUCGGCGUAGACCAAGAUGAAUCACAAAGCUACUCAGCCAAGUUUGUCAUCAAAGGAACCUCCCCAAUUGACAUUCUUUCAAUAAAGCUUGAAGGCUCUGGAAAAGUCGCCACUACCGAUUCCAUCAAAGCCCAAUUUGAAAGUUCUUUGGCCCACAAAUUCGUUGAAGCCAGGAUUAGCAUUGUUGAAGAUGCAAUCAUCUCUGAUGCAAUUAAUUUGAAAACAAACACCAAGAUAGAAGCCAGAAGUCCACUUGGUUUCAGUGUUGUCACAGAGCACACUGGUAUGGCUGGAAUAAACCAUGAGGAAAUGUCUGCUGACAACAAAUUUCAGGUGGCAUUUGAAGCUGGACCCAUUUAUGGCAAGACUCUCUCAAUCCAGUCCUUAACCAUCUUCCCAUUCAGGCCAGAAGUAAAGUUUGAUUCUAAUUUUCAGGUAGAUUCCACACUUGUUAAGGCCCUGAAUGUAAUUACAGGAACCUAUAUCAAUGGGGAAGUCUCAGUUGCGUCUAAAACCAGUGCUUUUGAUGUCAUCACUCACAAUGCUGAGCUUUCUAUCAGAGAUAGCAGAGUGAAACUGAUAUGUGCUGCAAAUGCCCUUGCUCUUGGCAUGAAGAUGCAAAAUCACAUAGAAGCCUCUGCUGGUGCUGGUGAAGUCAUCUUGAGGAUGGAAACAAACACAGACUACUCUGAAAAUCAUGUUUACUCUUUGCUGACCGCCUCUCUUGAUGUCAAUGGUCUGGCUAUAAAUAGUGAUGCCAAUGUGAAGCUUCUUGAAAAUGAGGCUACUCAUAAGGUCAUUCUGAGAAUGAAUAAAGAUGGUUUCACCACAAAAGGAACAACUACUCUCCAUAGCCCGCUGUCCAUGGAAAACACCUUUGAUGCCGAGGUUGAUGCUACAAGAGCUACUCUAGCCAUUACCAACAGGGCUGCGAUGUAUGAAAUCAAGGUUGACAACACCAACAAUUUUACCUUAACUCUCUCCGGCCUUAACUUCAACUCAAAGGCUGAAGCCUCUGCAAGGGAUUAUGCCUCUUACACUCAUGAUAUCACCUUCGACCUGAACCCCCACAGUGUUUCUUCAAAUGUUAACAACAAUCUAAAUCUCCUGAGUGCUAACUUUAUUAAUCAGGCACAGCUGCAGGUAGGGCUUGGCAAGAUGGAUCUGAGUGGAGUUUUGAAAGCCAACAAUGGUGAAGAAGAGCUCAAGCACACCUAUCAGAUCAGUUAUGGUGACAUGAGUGCUAAUGCAAAGUGCAGCACGACUGGAAAAUUCCUUGGAACUCACAUGAACCACAACACUGAAGUUGAAGUUGUCGGCCUUGUUGCCAUGAUUACCAAUGAUGUCCGCUUUCACUCACAACCGGUGCGCUUAAGCCACACUGUGCGUUGCAAUAUUGCUCCUUUUGAUUUCAACUUGGAUGCCAUAUUGAAUGCUGAAGGAGAUAUGGCCAUUUAUGGAAGAGAGAGUGCCCAGAUCUACAAUAAGUUUCUCUUUAGAGCUCAGCCCAUGGCUCUUGCCAGCUCAAAUGAAGGCAGGGCAUCCGUAACCCAUCAACUGAAUAAUGGGUUUUCCCUUGAGACCACAUUUGACAACAAGAUGAUUACUACUUUGUCACUCCAAGAGCAAAGGACUAGUUUUAAAUUUAAGUCUAAAAUGAAUGAGCACACCUUUGAUCAGAACAUAGAUGUUUAUAACACUGCUGAGACAACUGGAAUUGAGGUUUCUAGUACAAUCCUUACAAACAUUAUUAACACAGCUUCCACAGACAACCAGGAGUUCACUGUCUCUGGCUUACUCAAAUAUGACAAGAACACAGAUAGUCACAUAAUUCAGAUUCCAAAUCUGUUUGCCCUCCUGGAACACAUCAAGGGAUUUCUUUUGAAUGUUGUAGAUGAACUGCAGCACUACAUCAACAAUGAUAAUAUAAGGGCUAAAGUUGAGGCUCUCCCGCAACAUAUAAGUGACCUACUUACUGAAUUGAAUAUAGAAGGCAAGAUAAUUCAACUGAAAGAGCUUUUCAGUCAUUUAAUUCAGAAAUAUACUAUCUCCAUGAAUGAUGUGGAAACAUUUUUGAGGAACCUAAAUGUUACUAUUAAGAAACUACUAGCUAAUCUCUCUGUUUACAUCCAGAACUUUGUUGAUGUGGUGAAUGAAACUAUUUUUAGUGGCAAUUUCCCUGAAACCACCAUUCAAGCAAUCCAGGAAUGGCUGAAUAACCUUAAUGAGGAAUAUGAUAUUGAGCCCAUUAUUGCAUAUGCAACUGAAACCAUAGGAGAAAUCAUUCAAGUGUUUGACUUGGAAAGACUAAAGGGCAGCAGCUUUGCAUUCCUACAUGAUAUUGCUGGCAAGGAUGAAAUCAAAGCCAAACUACAGUCAAUCCUCAGAGAACACUUAAGAGAAAUCAAAGUAGCUGAAGUUUUUAAAACUCUAAUGGAUAUCUUCGAUGAAGUUGUGUUUAAUACUCUUAGGAGAGUUGCCCAAAUUGUCAAAGACAAAAUUACAAGCCUUGAUAUCCCAACUCAGCUUGACAUCCCCGAGUUCACUAUCUUUGGGUUACACAUUGUUAAAGCCACCACAAUCUCCACUGAUGACAUCAAGCAGAGAAUUAUUGAACUUAUUGAUUUAAUUGUAAAUUUUAAGAUUAGCAUGUUUGACAUGGAUGCUUUCUUUGGAGAUUUGACGAUGAACUACUUUCCUUCCAUCCCUGAGGUAACCCUCCCAGAGAUCACUCUUUCUCAGAUCUCAUUCCCCAAAAUUCCAGAAGUCCCUACAGAAAAACUUGCCAAGUUUCUUCAAGUCCCUGAAAUAAGCUUUCCAACCAUUCCAACUGAAAUUGUAGUCCCAUCUUUUGGUAAACUCUUUGGUGAACUCAAACUCCAGACUCCCAUCUACACAAUGGAGACAUCUGCUGAGUUUAAGAACGCAACUGAGAAUGCAAUGACGCCUCAAUUCAAGGGAUUUUUCACUUCCAUUGGAAACGCUCCAAAUUUUGAAAUUCUCAAUUACAAACUAGAUUCCACUGCUCGCAUUGCAAUCCCAAAAAUGAGACGCGUUGUCUUUGGAGAGACAGUAAAGUUCAGGCACAAUUUUCUUGGAGUUGAACAUCAGGCAUCUGUGACUCUCUAUGGCCUAUCAGCUCAGGCCCAAGCAAAGACUGGAAUUAAGGUCACUACUAGACCUUACACUUCUACCUUUGUAAACACAGCCUUUAUUGCUAGGGAAGGGGGAAUGACUGCUUCUCUUGAUACAACAUACACACAUUUAGUGGACAUUCAAUAUGACAAGAAUGUCAUUCUCAGUAAUGAGGUAGCUCUAAAACAGAAAUCACUUGUUCGCCAAGAUGGCUACACACUUACUCUAACAGCUGACAAUACAGGAACGUUUAAUGGUGAUGACAGCCACAACAGCAAGUUAGAGUUGUCAUUUUCUCCCAGCAUUGUCACCAUAUCUUUCAGUGGUGACACAGACUGUUCCAUGUUAAAGAUGAAACAACAUAUUAGUGCUGAAGUUAGCACAUUUUCCUACUUCAAGUUUAAUGUUCGCAAUGAAGCAGAAGCACCAAUUAUUAAGAACAGUCUUCUUGUUGCAUCUGGAUAUGCAAACCUUCAUGACAUGAAGGUUGAGUUGAAAGCAAACAAAGACACAGAACUCUAUGGUGCAGUCACUGGUAGACUUUCCAAUGCAAUAAGCGUUAUAGCUCACCCUGGUGAGUUUUUCUUUGACUUUCAAAACAAAGGAAAUGUUAAGGUCAACAGUUUUGAAUUUUCGACUGCUAAAAUAGAACUACAGAAUGAUUACUUGGCCCACAUCAGUCCUGACAGUCAAAAGAUGAAUACAGUCAUUCUGACUCGUUUUAACCAGUACAAAAUCUUGUACAACUUCACUCUUGAAAAUAAUGUAAAUGAAGUUGGAAUCUUCGCUGCCAUGGAAAGUGAGGCCAGUCUUGACUUUCUGAAAUACCCCAUCAGUAUUCCUGAGAUUGAUCUGCCUUUUGUUGACUUUCAUACUCCUGCCAUCAAUGAUCUGAACUUGUAUGAUCAGGCUGGAUUGGACAACAUUUUGACUACCACUGACCAGUCUCUGGAUGUGAAUACUAAGAUUGUUUACCAGAAAAGCAAGGCAGCCCCGCUUGCUGAUAUGAUGGGCUUGAUCCAAAUUCCCUAUGUGGGCAAUCUAAUAACAGAACUCUCUGUCAAGUCUGCCAUUAUUAAUCUGAUUGCUAAUGCCAGAAUGCAUACAGAAGAUGAUCUUGUGUUCCAUCUUGAAGCUACCACAACCUCUAUGUUUGAGGACCUUCAAGUCAAACUUGCUGGCACUACUAGUCUUACCACCAAGAGGGGAUUCAAGAUGGCUAACUCCCUGUCCCUAGAAAACACUCGUAUUGCAGGAACUCAUGACAGCACCAUCACUCUGAGCGCUGAUACUUAUGAUACUGAAGUCUCUGUGGCAACAGUUGCAAAUAUUGCCCUGCCAAUACUAGACAUGCAAGCAAACCAAAAACUGGAUGCAGACACAAAAACCAAAGCAAAUGCUAUUUCCACCUUGAGGAUAAGUGGUAAUUUGAAUAUUCCUGUGAUCAAAACUGUUGGAAAGGCUGAGGCAGACCACAGUCUGAAGCUUGAAGGAACCUCUGAUUAUAUUUCCAUGGAGUCCUCUACUAGAGCAAACAUGGAUGGCACAGUCUAUGAAGACUACUUUCUCUAUGGAAUGCUAGAUAACGAAGCUAAUGUGUUCCUGAAUAAAGACGCCCUGCGCUCAACUUCUAAAGUUAUUAGUGAUACCAAGUUUAACCAUGGUACAACCAAAGUCAUUGAUAUGGAUGUAAAUGAGAAUCUUUCCAUUGAAGCCUCCAUGAGCCAUUUGUAUGCAGUGCUGACGUAUACUGGCAACAAUGAGGCAAACCUGUUCAACUUCAAUACCAAAGGGAUUCAUAUUGCCCAAGCCAAAAUGGAUUUUGCACCAGCCUCCUUGACUGUUGAUAUUAACAUUGACGUGUCUCAGCCAACCAACAUGGGUGACUUUGCUCUCUCUGAGAAGACUGUUGUUGAAGUAACAGCUACCAAGCAGCACAUCUUUACUAAUUCUACGCUUGUCAGCCCACUGUACACUACAAGCAUGGCAGCUGAAGUAGAAAGCCGUGCUCCUGUCAUCAGAGCAGUUGCCAAGUCCUCUGCAACCUCUGCUUUUGUGAUCUUGGAAUACAACAUGGAUGCUUCUUCUACUGUAAACUUUGAGAAUGAAGCUUUCAACAUGAUUAGCCAAAUCACACUGACACAUGCUGACCUGACUGUGAAUGCCAACCAUGCCAUUAUGCAAGCUAUGAGGAGCAAUUGUGAUUUCAAUAUUUUCUUUUGUUCCAGUGUUCAACAACAUGCACUGAACGUGAACUUCACCAGUCAUACUUUCACUGAUGUGAACCUUCAAUAUGCUACACACAGCAAUGGUAUCAGUGCCUCAGUAUCUUCUCCAGCCACUGGCCUUCUGGGCCUUCAGUUCAGUCGUGCGGUCCCAUCCCAGAUGAGUGCAAAAGUCUAUGGCCGUUACCCUUCUGCCCCAGAGGUUGAUGUUGACAUCUUGGUCAUCAGAUCUACUCCCAAGGAUAACGACAAGAUGAAUCUACAGAUUGUUUACAACAUGGAGACACCCACAGCAAUACUCUCUCAGAUCAAGAUGAGACUUCCUUCCAUAAUUUCAACAUUCAAAGACUUUACUGACAAGUAUCAAUUCACAGGGUACAUGGAGAUGUUAAAGGACUCUGUCAUUAACAACAUCAAUGAAGUCUAUAAUGCUGCAACCAAUUAUGAUGUUCAAAUGAGCCAGCUGUCAAUUAUCUUCAGGAACAUAAUUGUACAAUACCAGAAAACUGUCCAGGUCUUCCUAAAUGCUGUCAUUAAGGUUUUAAGGGAGACCAGGUUCAAAGUGCCUGGGUCAGAUGAGAUGACCACUCUCCCUGAGGUCUUAAAGAAGCUAACUAGCAGCAUUGCUGCUAUGCUAGAAGUAACCAUUCAGAUUAUCUAUGAAAAAAUGGAGGCCACCUAUAACUUUUUUGUUGAAAGGUUGAGCAAUGUGAAAAUGCAGAUGCCGGUUGGUGAUGCAGUCACUGGAGGGCAGAUCAUAGAUCAAGUCAAAAAAGUUUCCAAGAAAAUCUUUGAGGAAAUGGUGAAUUUUGUAAAAAACAUGGAGAGUCUUGACACAAUGCUAGUGAAAAUAGGUGAGACCCUAGAGGCUAUUGUUGAGAAAUUGCAGGAAUUUGUAGACUCUCUCAAGUCAGAUUAUUUAGAUGAAAUGUUUGGCAAUAUCAAUCAUCUCUAUCGUAACUUUGUCACGGUCCUAAAGAACAUAGUUGACCAGAUCUCUGCUAUGGAGUUCAACAUGGUGUGCGAGUACAUUAUAAAUGUGUUCAUGUAUGUAGUACAUGAGUUCAAUAAUAUGGUUCAGGGGGUUCUGCAGCAAGCUUCUGAGGAAGUUCAAGCCCACGUGACAGUCAGAGAUGGAAAGCUUGAGAUUGACCUUCCAUUUCACUUUCAACAGUAA